AUGCCGGAACAAUACGAGUUUGCAGACAGCACAGAUUGGCUUCCUACUCCCCUCGCCGCCCUUGCGCCACUUGAAUCCUCGCUGCGCUGUCAAGUGUGCAAAGACUUCUUUACGACACCUAUGAUGACUUCAUGUUCCCACACGUUUUGCAGUUUGUGUAUACGGCGGUACUUGUCGCAAGAGGGCAGAUGUCCGGCAUGUCGAGAACCCGACCAGGAAGUCAAGCUGCGCCGGAACUGGGUUCUGGAAGAGUUGGUCGCUAAUUUCACAGUCUCAAGGAAAAGACUACUUGACUUUGCGAGGAGUGGUAUGGAGAGUCUGGAGGAGGAUGCCACCGAAACACAGAGGCCGAAGAAGAGGCGGAAAGUGGAACAGAGCACACCCAACGGCACCGAGAGGCGAAGUACUCGCAGCCAGAGCAAGAAGAUGCCCUCAAGCACCAAUCAGCCAAGUCUACCAUCCACACCCGAGGUUAUUGAGGACAGUGAAGAAGGCAGUGUGUAUGAAGAUGUGGAAAGCCAGAGCGCACAUUUCACAAACGGGACGAAAGAGCCCGACGAUGGCUUAGUGGCGUGUCCUUGUUGUCAUCGCAGAAUGAAGGAAAACCUGAUCAAUUCUCACCUGGACAAGUGCAUAUCGGGCAACAGUCAUACGCCGGUGGACGAUACCUUCUCUCCCGCGCCCCAGAUCGCCCCGCCUGGAACGAUAGCAUACGCCCAGGUGAAACGCUCGAAACAGAAUGACCGCCUUCCCUUCAUCAACUACUCUUUGCUUACUGACAAUGCAUUACGGAAGAAGUUACGCGACCUGGGAAUCCCAUCACACGGUUCCAAGGAUCUAAUGCGCAGGCGGCACACCGAAUGGGUCAAUCUAUGGAAUGCCAACUGUGAUUCUACGAACCCUGUGACCAAACGACAGCUCCUUCAGGAGUUGAAAGUGUGGGAGGAUACGCUGGGAAGGCAAAGCGAGAAAACAGGCACUUCGGGCUUUAUGGCCAAAGAUUUUGACAGCGGCAAUUAUGUGAAGAACCAGAAGAGCAACUUCGAUGAUCUUAUCAGGCAAGCGAGGCAGAAAAGGGCCUUAGCCUCCAAUAUACCGGUACAGAUUGUGAAUGGCGAAACGCCUGAGCCGCCACAACCGGAGAACACGAUAUCGGAUCACGAGCUGCGGCGCCCAGAUCUCUUGCACCUGCAAAACGAAGCUUUACUAUCCAAGCCAAAAUCUGACGCGGACGAAAUGACCGUUCUGCCGCCAACACGAGGGCUGCUGCCAACAACUCAGAUGGAGACGAACAAGAAAAUCGAGCAGCAGACCUAUCCCGGGCCAACCAGCUCAAUAUCGACGCACCUGUCCUCCAAGAAUAUGGCUUCGCAAUCAUCUGCGGGAACAGCUUCAGAUCAAGCCCCUUUGCAGUCAUAUAUGGGGGACCUUCCAGAACCGAGUUUCAGUGCUUAUGCCCCGUAG